GGCUUUUACAAGACGUAAGCCACCUCGCGCACUGCUCCCAGCCUUACUUGUCUUUCCUGUUUAUAGUCUAGCGUCGCCACUUCCCGCAGGGCUCAGGGGACACGCCGCUCCACCAGCCACGCUCUGAAGCCAGCCACACACACACAGCCAGCCAGCCACUCAGCAUCAGAAUGAGGGGCAUAACAACCACCACCCUACUCGCCGUGGCUCUUGCUGUGGCUUGGGCGGGGGAAGAAACGACGCAGAAUGAAAAAACGAACGGGAAGCAGCUGCAGAAGGAGCGAGAGGAGACCACGGAGAAGAAUUCACGCCAAAUCUACUCCUACAAUCGCGGCUCAGGGUUCGAUACCACCUUCCCUAAUGUAUACCCUAACAGCGUCAUCCCCUCAAACAACCCUGCAGUCUACAAUCCUUCCUACAACCCCUCCUACAACCCGUCCCUCUACCCGAACAACUACUACCCGACCACCACCAACGGCGGGGGCGUGUAUCCGCUGAAUCCCACUCUCGGUAACGGGUACGGAGAGGCGUUCACCGUGCGUCGCGCCUCGCCCCGCACCACUGCAGGAUCCAGGGUGUUCCUGACGCAGGCGGUGACGCAAGGCGGCUCGGGCUGGAACGCUGGCUCCAGUGAGUUCGUGGCUACUUCACCAGGGAUGUUCUUUUUCACCUUCUCGGCCGUGUCUGAUCGCUACUCGCAUUUCAGGAUAAGCCUCCGCCACAACGGCAUAGAGGUGGUGAGUGCCUACGGGGACGCCUCGGGCUACCAGAUGGGCAGCCAGAGCGCUGUCCUUAACUUGAGGUCUGGCGAUCGCGUGUACCUGCAGCUGGACGAGGGCCGCCUGUACGACAGCUCCUCGUCCUCCAGAGGCUACACCACCCUCUCAGGCUUUAGAAUACAAUAAAAGAUUUGCUUUGUUCCUUGUGACAAAUGGAUUCCGCCACGUACUACUUUGCGGCGUCCGGUUCAAAACUAAGGAACCAGCAACAAACUUCAGAAAUGUCAGAACAAGGUCAUACUACCAUUAGCGAGAGUAGUAAGAUGUGCUCCCAAAUUAAUGGUCUUGGAUACUCCAGUCUGUUUUUUUUUUUUUUUUUCGUACCAGUACAAUAAGCACUGGAGGUAUUAAUUAAUUGGAUGUUAUUAUUAGAAGCUGUUUGAUUAUAAGGUCUGUGGGAAAUGGGAUCUGUAAACACUGGCAAGGAUUUUCUUGUCUACCACGGUGGUCUGGUUUAUGUGAUCUGUCAUGGAGAGAGAGAGAGAGAGAGAGAGAGAGAGAGAGAGAGAGAGAGAGAGAGAGAGAGAGAGAGAGAGAGAGAGAGAGAGAGAGAGAGAGAGAGAGAGA